AUGUCGUCCAAAAAUAUGUUCGAGUUACGUGACGAGUCUGUGACAUCUGCGCCCGUCCUGAUCACCAACUUCAAGUUAAUCAUAGCACCAAGGAAGAAGCCUACACCUUCUGCAGCUUCAGGUUCAGACUCAUCUGCUCACUGGACCAUCAAAGAUACCUCCUGCCUCAUCGAAUAUGUCAUACUUCAUCGUGCUGAAGGUGGAGAUGGGGUCAAUUUCAAACAGGCAACAUUGACAGUCAGCGUUCUUCUGCAGAUAGACAACAUGCAAUGUGGGUACAAUCCAUCGCUCCAAGCACCCUGUGAAAAGCACAUCCUCCAGUGGAAGAAAUACAAAUUUAUUGUAGAAUGGCGCUGA